UCGUGUUAAGCAAGCAAGGAAAAAUAAGAGGCGCUUAUUUCUCCUCUUUUUUUUAUACAUUUUUUCUUCUUCUUUCUAUUCCACGUGAAGAUGAGCUUUGUAUUCAAUAAAGAAUUACCUCAAUCUUCUCUUAAAAGUGACGAUGGACAAUCUUUACUCUGUAUUGACAAGUUUGAUAAUCCUCCUCGAACAUUGUAUGAUGAAAUAGGUCAACAAGACAAAGAUUUUUAUCAUCCUCAGACGGAUAUGGAUUGGAAAAGUGUAGUCUACCGAUUACAGAUAGAGAACACAAGUUUGAUCAAUUCGCUUCAUGAAGCAAAUACCAACUUAUUACAGUCAAGACGUGAGAAAGAAGAUCUCGAGAAUUUCAUUCAACGACAAACGGAAACAACCGAUCAGAUUGUAUCCCGACUAAGAUCCAAGAUGGAAAAUUUAAUGAAACAACAAGAGAAAUACAGUCAACUAUUAACGCAACAAAAGCUACAGACAACCGACUUGAUAUUUCAAAAAAACUAUGUUUUGCUAGAGAAUGAAGCUCUAAGAGAAAGUCAAAAAGAAAUCCAAGCCUAUUAUGGUAUUCAGCCUAUUCAACGUCACAAGUCUUUAUUAUUUAAAUGGCGUGCCUGUGUCUAUGCAGUGAUUGCCUUACAACGUUUCUUGUCUUUUUCAAAUUAGCCAAAUUUUUAUUUCAUAAAAGAGUGUUAUAUAGCUUCGUCUGU